GCCAAGAAAUGCCAGAUCCAAGUCAACGACUUCAACUACAGAACUCACCUGCACCAGUGGACGUGCCUGCCAGACUCCAAUGAUGUGGUCCAGGCCAGACAUGCAUAUGACCUGCAGAGUGAUGCUGUCUACAAAGCUGACCUGAAGUGGCUCCAGGGCCUGGGUUGGGUCCCCAUUGGCUCGCUUGAUGUGGAGAAAGCUAAGAAGGCUGCAGAAGUUUUGAGUGAAAGGAAGUACCGCCAGCAUCCCAGCAAAGUUCCAUUUACCAGCCCAGUAGAUGCCAUGAAUCUUGUGCUGGCAAAGAAUAACGCCCUAACCAUGAACAAGCGCCUCUACACUGAAGCAUGGGAGAAGGACAAGACCACGCUGCACAUUAAACCUGACACUCCUGAGAUCGUCCUCUCACAACAAAAUGCAAUAACCAUGAGCAAAAAACUAUACAGACAAGGAUAUGAAGAAACUAUCAAGAAAGGCUAUUUCCUCCCUGUGGAUGCAAUCUCUGUAAAGGCUGCUAAGGCCUCCAGGGAAAUCAUCAGUGACUACAAGUACAAGACAGGAUACCGUAAGCAAGUUGGUCACCACAUCGGCGCUCGCAGCAUCCACGACGACCCCCUCGUCAUGCUGGCUCUGAACUCAGCCAAGAUCGCCAGUGAUGCUCUGUACAAGAAGGACUUCAACAAGUCCAAGACCAAGUUCCACCUGCCAGUGGACAUGCUCAAUCUGGAACUGGCCAAGAAAUGCCAGAUCCAAGUCAACGACUUCAACUACAGAACUCACCUGCACAACUGGACGUGCCUGCCAGACUCCAAUGAUGUGGUUCAGGCCAGAAAGGCCUAUGACCUGCAGAGUGAUGCUGUGUAUAAGGCUGACAUGGAAUGGAUCAAGGGAAUGGGAUGGGUGCCAAUUGGUUCAAUUGAUGUGGAGAAAGCCAAGAAAGCGGCAGAGAUUCUGAGUGAGAGAAAGUAUCGUCAGCAUCCCAGCAACUUCAAGUUCACCGCUAAUACAGCUGACAUGCCAUAUGCCCUUGCUCAGGCCAAUGCCCAGGUUAUGGACAAGAAAGCCUACAUUGCUGCCUGGGAGAAUGAUAAGACCAACAUUCAUGUAAUGCCUGACACCCCAGAGAUCAUCUUGGCCCAGCAGAAUAAACUCAACACCAGUCUGAAAUUUUAUCGUGAAGGCUAUAUGGAAAUGAUCAACAAAGGCUACUACCUUCCCAAGGAUGCAAUCUCUGUUAUAUCAGCCAAGGCUUCCAGAGACAUCAUCAGUGAUUACAAAUACAAGGCUGGUUUCCGCAAGCAGUGUGGCCAUCACAUCGGUGCUCUCAGUGUGAAAGAUGAUCCACUAAUUAUGCUGGCCGCUAAUGCAGGGAAGAUUGCCAGCGACAAUGUCUAUAAGAAAGACUUUAACAAGACCAAGACCAAGUUCCACCUCCCAGUAGAUAUGCUGACAAUUGAACUGGCCAAGAAAUGCCAGAUCCAAGUCAACGACUUCAACUACAGAACUUACCUGCACCAGUGGACGUGCCUGCCAGACUCCAAUGAUGUUGUGCAGGCUAGAAAAGUCUAUGAUUUGCAGAGUGAUGCUGUGUACAAAGCUGAUCUGGAGUGGCUCAGGGGAUGCGGCUGGUCACCUCAGGACUGUAUAGAUGUCGUCAAAGUGAAGCAUGCUCAGACUGUCCUCAAUGAAAGGCUCUACCGCCAACACCCAAGUAUGGUCAAGUUCACCAGUGUCGUUGACCUCCCAGCUAUUGUCUUGUCCAAGCAAAAUGCUGAAAACCUCAGUGAUAGGAAAUAUAGGGAAGUCUGGGAUAAAGACAAGCUCACCAUUCAUGUGCCACCCGACACCCCCACCUUUGAACUCGCCAAGGCCAACGCUGUUAAUAUCAGCAAUAAAUUGUACACAAAGGCAUGGGAUGACCAGAAAGCAGGAGCCUACCAUAUCAAGGAGGAUGCUAUCUCUGUGCUAAAGGCUAAAGCUUCCAGAGAUAUUAUCAGUGAUUACAAGUACAAGACGGGAUACCGAAAACAGGUUGGUCACCACAUUGGGGCUCUCAGUGUCCAGGACGACCCUCUAAUCGUGCUGGCUCUGAACUCAGCCAAGAUCGCCAGUGAUGCUCUGUACAAGAAGGACUUCAACAAGUCCAAGACCAAGUUCCACCUGCCAGUGGACAUGCUCAAUCUGGAACUGGCCAAGAAAUGCCAGAUCCAAGUCAACGACUUCAACUACAGAACUCACCUGCACCAGUGGACGUGCCUGCCAGACUCCAAUGAUGUGGUUCAGGCCAGAAAGGCCUACGAUCUCCAGAGUGAUGCUGUUUACAAAGCUGAUAUGGAGUGGAUACGUGGAUGUGGAUGGAUGCCACAUGAGUCCGUAGAGGUGUUGAAGGUGAAGCAUGCGCAGAAGAUCCUGGCUGAUAGAGGCUAUCGGAUCAAGUUGGAUAAACAGCAAUUCAUGGUUCCAGCUGACAGAAUUGACUUAGUCCGUGCCAGGAAUGCUGCUGAAGUCCUGAAUGAGGCUAAAUAUCGUGAGGCCUGGCACCAGGACAAGACCAAGUACUCAUUGGUGGACACACCAUCUCUUGCCACAGCCAGAGAAGUGGCGAAGAAUGUUCACCCGAAACUGUACACCAAAGAAUGGGAUAAGGUCAAAGCUACAGGAUACUUCAUGCCUCCAGAUGCUGUACCAAUCAAGCAGUGCAUCCAGACAACUAAAGUGCAAAGCAAACAUAAAUACCUGGAGGGAUACCGUAAGCAGGUCGGUCACCACAUUGGUGCUCUCAGCGUCCAAGACGACCCUCUGCUCAUGCUGGCUCUGAACUCAGCCAAGAUCGCCAGCGAUGCUCUGUACAAGAAGGACUUCAACAAGUCCAAGACCAAGUUCAACCUGCCAGUGGACAUGCUGCAGUUUGAACUGGCUAAGAAAUGCCAGAUGCAGGUCAACGACGACAACUACAGAACUCGCCUGCACCAGUGGACGUGCAUGCCAGACUCCAACGAUGUUAUCCAGGCUCGCAAAGCCUAUGAUCUGCAAAGCGAUCACGUCUAUAAGUCAGAUCUGGAAUGGCUCCGAGGCUGUGGCUGGGUAGCAGCUGACUCUGUUGAACAUGUGAAGGUCAAGAAGGCCCAGGAGAUUCUCAAUGAUAGACUUUACAAGAAGACUGCCCAAGAAGGUUUUGGAAGAUUCACCCUGGUUGUGGACCGGCCAGAGAUAGUUUUGGCAAAGAUUAAUGCUGCCAACCUGAGUGAUUUGAAGUACAAAGAGACUUUCAAUGCAGAAAAGGGUCAUUAUAUUGGCUCAGAUGAUACUCCUCAACUGGCCCAUAGCAGGGAGGUGGCUAAGAUCAUCAGUGAGAAACUCUACAAAUCAAACUGGGACGAGUCGAAGGCUUCAAGCUACCAGCUGAACCAUGAAUACAUCCCACUGGUCAUCUCCAAGAAGAGCAGGGACAUUGCUAGUGAUGUCAAGUACAAGGAUACCCACGAAAAGGCCAAAGGUCACUACAUGGCUGGAACCCUGGUGGACUUCCCUGAAGUGAUGCGCUGUGGACACCAGGAAAAGAACAAGGCACUGAGGGUCUACCAGAAGGACUACAAUCAAACCAAAACCAAAAUCCACAUCCCAUCCGACAUCAUCGCUAACCAGGUAGCUAAGCGGUGCCAGGACAUGCUGAGUGAUGUUCUUUACCGCACCUACCUGCACCAGUGGACUUGCCACCCCGAACAGGAGGACGCCAUCCGUGCCCGCAAGACCAACGAAAUCCUCAGUGAUGUGUUCUAUAAGGAUGACCUGAACUGGAUGAAGGGUAUUGGUUGCUACGUUUGGGACACACCAGAGAUUCUUCGUGCCAAGAAGUCCUAUGACCUGCAAAGUGAGCUUAAAUACAGAGAGAACGCCAAGAAGGAGUUCAACAAUUACUCCAUUGUGACAGACACCCCGUCUUAUGUGACUGCUGUCCUGGGCCACACCUGGGCCAGUGAGCUCAACUACAGAGAGGCGUAUCAAAAGGAGAAGCACAUCUACACCACGGUUCUGGAUACCCACGAUUACGUCAGAUGCCAAAACUUCAAAUACAUUUUCAGCAACAAAAACUACACUUCUACCUGGGACAAAAUCAAAGCGAAGAGUUACCAGAUUCCACAUGACGCAAACGCCUUGCAGCACGCUAAACAGCAGAAGAUUAUUCUCAGCAAUGUGAAGUACAAGGAGGACUACGAGAAGUUCAAAUCUCUCUACAGCCUGCCCAAGUCACUGGAGGACGAUCCUGGAACUGCUCGUUGCGUCAAAGCUGGAAAACUCGUCCUAGAUCGUCUGUACAAGGAGAACUAUGAGAAAACCAAGGCCAAGAACCACAUCCCCCCAGACAUGUUGGAUAUCCUGUCUGCCCGCAGUACCCAGAAUGCCGUCAGCGAGAUCAACUACCGCAAGUAUCUGCACCAGUGGAUUUGCAUGCCUGACAUGCAGGUGUACGUGCAGGCACGCAAAGUCAAUGAACAGCUCAGCGACAUCUUCUACAAGGAUGAUCUGAACUGGCUCAAAGGUAUUGGUUGCUAUGCCUGGGACACGCCAGAGAUCCUCCGUGUCAAGAACGCUGAUAAUCUUCAGAGUGAGAACAAGUACAGAGCCAAAGGCAAAGAUGCUUUCAAAGAAUAUUCAGUGGUGACGGAGACUCCAGUGUACGAGACCGCCAAGCAGAACGCUCAGAACCUGAGUGACCUGCAUUACCGCUAUGAUUACAACGCCAAUAUCAAGGGCACCAACACCGCUCCUGCUGUUACCAUUGAAACAGAAAGAGCCCGUCUGGCCAACUACAUCCAGAGUGAUAACUGGUACAAAGAAGCUAACAAGAGCUUCAUGCCAACCGGUUAUUCACUGCCUCAUGACACCCCCCUCAUCAAGCAGGUCAAGUUGAACACUGUUGUCUCCAGCAAUGUGAAAUACAAGGAGGCCUAUGAGAUGGUGAAGGCUAAAGGCUACACUCUUCACCCAGAGGGUGUCAACUUUGUCACUGCAAGGAAGGCUAACAAGAUCAUCAAUGAACGUCUGUAUCGUGAGACUUACCACAAGCAAAAGGACAAGAUCCACACAACCUAUGACACUCCUGAUAUUAAACAAGUCAAGAUGAACCAGGAGCACCUCAGUGACUUGUGCUACAAAGAGAAAUACUACAACAGCAGAGGCCAGUUGAUAUCGUUGCCCAUAACGCCUGAGCUCAUGCACUACCACCACGUCAAUGAGAUCACCAGCGACCUGAAAUACAAAGAGGAUCUGAUGUGGCUGAGAGGCAUUGGCUGCUUCUUGUAUAACACCCCAGAGAUGGUCCGUGUCCGCGACGUCACCAAAUUCAGGGUGAGCUAUCCAGUGGAGGCUAAGAAGAACCUUGCUAAAUUCUCUGUGGUCCUGGACACGCCUGAGUAUAAGCGUGUGACUGAGCUGAAGACGCACAUGAGCAACCUGAUCUACAAAGCUCAGAGCAAGGAGGACAUGGCCAAAGUCACCACAACUGCAGACUCUGUGGACAUUCGGAGAGUCAAGUGGGCCCAGCAGCUGGUUAACCAGUACCAGUACGUAGAUCUGGCUGCCAAACAAAGAGCUCAUUUCACUCCAGAAAUCAAUACUCCAAAUAUGGGCCAUGCUAGAAAAAUGAAAGUGUUCUACAGUGAUAACAAAUACAAAGAACAGUAUGAGAAGAUGAAACACCGGUACACUGCCAUUGCUGACACACCUCUCCUGAUCCGUGCCAAGAAGUCCUACCUGCAGUCCAGUGAUCUGCGCUACAAAGAAACCUUUGAGCUUUCCAAGGGACACUACCACACAGUCAAGGAUGCUCUGGACAUCACUUACCAUCGCAGGGUCACUGAUGACAUUAGCGAGGUUAAAUACAGAGAGAAGUACAUUAGCUCUCUGGGGACCUGGAAGUCCAUCCCCGAUCGUCCCGAACUCUUCUUCAGCAAGAUUGUCAGCGGUAACGUUAGUGACGUCAAGUAUAAGGAGGACCUGGAUUGGCUGAAGGGUAUUGGCUGCUUUGUAUGGGACACACCUGAGCUGGUGCAGGCUGAGAGGAACAAGACGCUCUACAGUGAGAGACUGUACAAAGCCUCCUUUGAGAAGAACAGAGGCAACUUCAAGUAUACCAGCGACACUCCAUUCUUCCAAGCCGCCAAGCAAGCCUCCGUUCUCAUAAACGAUAGGGCUUACAGAGCAGACUAUGAGAAGACCAAGGAUAAGUUCACCAUAACUACAGAUGAUCCUAGAUAUCAACUGGCCAGGGAGAACAGGAAGAUGAGCCAGUGGAAGUAUAGAGAGCAGUAUGAACGUGCCAAGGACAAGUUCACCUCUGUUCUGGAGACUCCUGAGUAUGAGGCCCACAAACGCAGCAAGAAGAUCAGUGAUAUCAUCUACAAGAUGGAGUAUAACAAGACCAAGGCAAAGGCUUACACCUUACCUUAUGACACUCCACACCAACAACACAUGAAGAAGGUCAAGGAGAUCACCAGCAAUCUGAAGUACAAAGAGGUGUAUGAAAAGAGCAAGGCCCACAUCAACAUUGACCCUGAAGCUCACGAGAUCCGUGCCGCUAAGGAGGCCUACAAGAACAUCACCAAUCUUGACUACAAGAAGAAGUAUGAAGCAACCAAGAACCAGUGGAUCUGGACAGCGGACAGGCCCGACUUUGUCAAUGCUGCCAAGAACUCCUUGCAGCAGAGCGAUGUUGAGUACAAGUACGACAAAGAGAUCCUGAAGGGCUGCGUGAUACCUGUGGUCGAUGACAAGUUAACCUUACUGUGCAUGAAGAAUGCUGAAAUGGCCAGUGAGGUGAAAUAUAAACAGAAGUAUGAGAAGGAAAAGGGACACUACAUGCCUGUCCUGGACACUCCUCAAAUUCUCCAUGCCAAGGCUGUGCGUGUUCUGGCCUCAGAGAGCAAAUACAAGGAGGCCAGUAAGAAGGAAAUGCAGUCCGGCUCAUUCACCACCCUGUCCGACACUCGUGAUACUGCCCACAGCAGGACAGUCAACAAACUUGUCAGCGGGAAAGUGUACAAAGAAAAGUUUGAGAAGGAAAAGGGCAAGUCCAUAUAUAACCACAUGAUUGUGCCGCCUGAUGUUCAGCAUGCCAUGGACGUGGCCAAAAAUCAGAGCAAUGUGGCCUACAAGAAAGAUGCCAAAGCCAGCCUGCACUACACUACUGUAGUCGACCGUCCUGACAUAAAGAAGGCUACCCAGGCUGCUAAACUCAUCAGUCAGAUUGGCUACCGUGAGAAAGCACGUGAAGAGGCCAGCCGUGGAGGCUCUCUAGCCCACCGCCCAGAUAUCGCUUUGGCAACUGAGGUGUCCAAGCUGACAAGCCAGGUGGAGGAUAAGCCCUCCCUCCAUGGAGCAGCUUCCUAUGAUACCCCCCUGAUGCGCCACAUUAAGAAAAUGAGUGCGGUGACUAGUGAUGUGAAGUACAAGGAGAAGUUUGAUAAGGAGAUGAAAGGAAAGAAACCUCAAUAUGACCUGAAGGAAAGUAAGAUUUACAAGACUCUCAAGGAAGCCAGUGUGCUGGCCAGUGAGGUGAAGUACAAGGGUGACCUGAAGAAGAUCCACAAACCUGUGACCGACAUGGCCGAGUCCCUGUCCAUGAAGCACAUCACGAGCACCAGCAAGCUGUCCAGCGACUACUGCUACAAGAAGAAAUUUGAGGAGAGUAAGGGUCACUACCACAUGAUUCCCGACACACCCGAACAGCUCCAUCACAAGGAGGCUUCUGAACUUCAAAGUAACGUGAAAUACAAGGAGAAGUAUGAGAAGGAGAAGGGCAAACCUAUGCUGGACUUUGAGACACCCACAUAUGUGACUGCUAAGGAGGCUCAGCACAUGCAGAGUCAGAAAGACUAUAGGAAGGACUUUGAGGAGUACAUGAGGGGAAAGAACCUCUCAGGCUUGGAGGUCACCCCUGCCAUGAUUCAUGUCAGACACGCCACCAAAAUAGCCAGUGAGAAAGAGUACAGGAAGGAUCUAGAGGAGGGGGUGAAGGGUAAAGGUCUAACUGUACUGGAGGAAACUCCGGAGCUUUUGAGAGCAAGAAAUGCCACUCAAAUCCUGUGUGAGAGAGAGUACAAAAAGUCUCUGGAGCAGGAGAUCAAGGGCAAGGGAAUGCUGGCUUUGGCUACAGACACCCCAGACUUUAUGAGAGCCAAGAAUGCCACAGAGAUCCUCAGUCAGUCUAAGUACAAGCAGACCGCUGAGAUGGACAGAGCCAGCUACACAACUGUCAUCGAUACCCCUGACAUCAUCCAUGCUCAGCAGAUGAAGAACAUCGUCAGCCAGAAAAAAUACAAAGAGGAGGCUGAGAAGACCAUGUCUCACUAUGUACCAGUCCUGGAUACUCCAGAGAUGCAGCGAGUCCGCGAGAACCAAAAGAACUUCAGCACUCUUCAAUACCAGGCUGACCUUAAAAACAUAAAGGGCAAAGUGUCUACUGUAAAGGACACUCCUGAAAUGCUGCGUGUUAAAGAGAAUACAAAGAAUUUCAGCUUGAUACAGUACAAGGACUCUGUGGGUCAAGGCACAGCCAUACCAGAUCUGCCUGAGGUGAAGCGGGUCCGAGAAACCCAGAAGAAUAUCAGCCUGCAUCAAUACAAAGAAGGCGUGGGAGGAGGCACAUCAAUAUCAGAGACGCCAGAAAUGGAGAGAGUUAAACGCAAUCAGCAAAAUAUUAGCACGAUAAAAUACAAGGACUCUCUGGGUCAAGGAACAGCUAUACCGGAUCUCCCUGAAGUGAAGCGAGUCAAAGAAACCCAGAAGCACAUCAGCUCGGUGUUGUAUAAAGACAGUUCAGCCAAGGGAACGCCUGUGGUGUUUACUCCAGAGAUGGAGCGGGUGAAAAGGAACCAAGAAAACAUUAGCUCGGUUCUGUACUCUGACAGCUUCCGCAAGCAGGUCCAGGGCAAAGCCGCCUUUGUUCUGGACACACCUGAGAUGAGGCGCGUCAGGGAGACUCAGCGUAUCAUUUCUGGGGUGAGAUACCACGAAGACUUUGAGAAGAGCAAGGGCAGCUUCACUCCCACCACCACUGAUAUUGUGACAGAGCGCGUGAAGAAGAACACACAGGACUUCAGUGACAUCAGCUACCGUGGCAUCCAGAGGCGCGUGGUGGAGAUGGAGAGGAGACGUGCCAUAGAGCACGACCAGGAGACCAUCACUGAUCUGCGUGUGUGGCGCACAAACCCCGGCUCUGUGUUUGACUACGACCCCGCUGAGGACAACAUCCAGUCCAGGAGUCUGCACAUGAUGUCAGUACAAGCUCAGCGUCGCAGCAAGGAGCACUCCCGCUCCACCAGCGCUUUGAGCGGCGUGGCUGAUGAGAAGUCUGAGGUGUCCCAGGAUGCUGACCACCACAUGUCCCUCUACAGCAAUGGCUUCAUGACCUCCUCUAUUGGCUACCAGCAUGCUACUGUGAAGACCGUGGAGCUGCAGCAGAGGUCAUCUUCAGUGGCCACCCAGCAGACCACAGUCUCUUCCAUUCCCUCACACCCCUCUACUACCGGGAAAACCGUGCGUGCCAUGUAUGACUACACCGCAGCCGACAGUGACGAGGUGUCCUUCAAGGACGGCGACGUCAUCGUCAACGUGCAGUCCAUCGACGAAGGCUGGAUGUACGGUACUGUUCAGCGUACCGGCAAGACCGGCAUGCUGCCAGCCAACUACGUUGAAGCAAUCUAAAGACAGAGCCCGCCCACGGUCCCUCCGUAGUGGGCGCGAUGCAUCCACAGGGCAAACUCAUCGGUCUUCCUGUGAUCACAACUGUGGCUUAGUGCAAUGUGUAGCUUGUAGUGUCUGUACUUGUAUUUUACUUGUAUUGUGAUUCUCGUGGAGUCUGUCAUCAUUAUUAUGCUGCUGCCCUGUGGAUGUGAUAUUAGCUUCAUGCCAUGACCCAUAUAAAUAGAUCUGAUUAUACAUAAUGUGCCUACUACGAAUGACAACGUGUGUUAGAUUGUUUUAACUAUUCUGUUCCUGUCCUGGAAAAGCGAGGCUAACACACAAACUGGCCCUUUGAUUUUGUACAUUUCAAACAUUUCAUUUACGUUAUUUAUCAUUUUUUUGUCCAACGUAUUCUCUCUGAAACACAACGGGCUCGAAAAGUUUCAUGUAACCCUUUUAACGGAGAGUCCAUGUAGAGAAAAUAUGAACGUUAGAAAGGAGUAAGUCACCAUCUACCUCCUCCAUGAUGAAAUCAUGAGAAGCUCUCUGCGCCAAGCCUCAGUUUUCCCUCCUUUAUAACGAAGGCUGGCCACUAGUAAAAUGUGUGUUUUGUUUCUCCCGAUUAUUUAGGUCCUGGCUAAAGCACGUCCUCUACCUUCAAUCAGUAGCUAAUAAAGCACACCAAGUUCCUGCACCA